AUGUCAGAAAAGCCGCCCCUCCGCGUCGAGGACAUUCCCGUGACGAACCUUACCGUAUACCUGCUUGACAACAUCCGAAACACUGGAGAUAGGGUCGCCAUGGUCGACUGCACAACAGAAACAACAAUAACAUAUUCGGAGCUUAUCGCGCGCAUAGAACGAGCAGCUUCGGGUUUGCAGGCGUUGGGAGUGAGGAAAGAUGACGUCAUUGGCGUGUUGACACCAAAUCAUCCUGACUACCUGGUAACGUUCUACACAUGCGCACUGAUCGGAGCUACACUUCAGCCAAUCAAUCCACUGUUUACAAAAGACGACUUGGCUAAAGUUAUCCGACAGUGUAGCACCAAGUAUUUGUUCACAGUGACUGAUUUACUACCAAAAGUGGAGGAGGCGACACAAGGGUACGAUAACAUAAAGGUAUUAGUUUACGGGGAAGCCAAAGGAUACACGACAUUUGAGUCCCUCUUGCACCCCCACCAGGCCCCCUAUCAGGCCCCCGAAAUGGACCCAAAGACGUCAAUAGCGGCCCUCCUGUCUUCUUCCGGUACGACAGGAUUCCCGAAGGCCGUCUGUGUCUCACACUACGCGAUUGUCACCAACUUCGUCCAACAAAAUUGGUUUGGGCUAAGCAGUGCUGACGAAACAUUUGUGACGUUCCUUCCGUUUUUCAACAUUUUGGGGCUUUCUUUAGUAGCAUACACGGGCCACUGUUUAGGAUCCCGCCUCGUCAUCAUGUCGCGGUUUGAUUUCGAAACCUACCUUAAGUUGAUAGAGACAUAUAAGCCCAAAACUCUAACAAUGGUUCCUCCAAUCAUGGUUUUGUUUGCGAAAAGUCCGAAGGUUUCCGAGUACGACCUGUCGUCUGUUACCCAGAUCAGUUGCGGAGCUGCGCCCCUUAGUAAGGAAAUAGAGGACGUGGUCAAGGAGAGGUUGAAACUGCCGUGCAUAUAUCAAGGAAUAUCAAGUAAAAUCAAAUUAAUGAAAACAACCCACAAAUAA